AUGCCUUUUUUAGACAAGUGCUGUGUCGAAAAUUGUAUGGGAAUAUCUAAAAGUAGAUUUAGUGUUCCUAAACUUUCCCAUGAAAAAUGGGAAAAAGCUUUAGGAAAAGUUUUAAAUAAAAGGUCUAGAGUUUGUGGAGACCACUUUGAGCCACAAGACAUUAUAAAUACUUGGGUAUCAGGCGAAGGAAGUAGCAAGUACACCGUAAGUAUAAUUAAUAUAAAAUAAUUAACUUAUAUAAUACAUAUUAAAAUAUAGGUAAGAUCCUACAAUAUCUUUAUUGCCUAAUUAAUAAAAAAAAAACCUAAAUUGUAUUAUUUUUAAAUUGUGUACAAGAUAUGUUUAAAAAAGCCUCGUUUGAGAUCUGGAGCUGUACCACUAUUAAGCAACUGCUCAAAUGAAAACAUUAUAAGUGAAAUUGAAAAAUCAUAUUGUGAAGAUACAUCUAUUGCUUCUAGUUUAUGUGCUCAAGAUAUAUCAUAUAUUCACAGUUCUUCUAGUGAAAAUCAAUCAAAUGAAAUGGAAAAAUCUAAUUCAUGUUGCGAAGAUAUAUCCAUUGCUUCUAAUAGCUCAUGUGCUAAAGAUAUAUCCUAUAUUAGCAGUUCUAUGAGUCAAAAUCAAACCAGUGAAAUGGAAAAAUCAAAAUCAUUUUAUGAUAAUAUUUCAAAAGAAACAGUUAAAAGCUUUACUCAAGAUUCUUGUUAUGAACCUAUAUUUGAUGUCCUCACAAAAAAAAAAACUGUUAUACAAUUGCCACAUAAUUGGUCUCAAGAUCUUUCCAUGAAUGAGUUUGAUGAAAAAUUAACCGUUUCAUUUUUUAAACUAGGAAAUUUUAAUACUAACUACCAACGUAAUAUAGAAAAACAGUUGAUAGUUACUGAAGAUUCACAUCUUAUAGUUCAAGUUCAUAAUGAAAAUGUGUCUCUUGAUCAACAAACAACUUUAUUUCCUCCAAUAUUAAAUAGAAACAUAUCCAUUGAAAACAUUGAAGAAAUCAUUAAUAUCUUUGAUUCAGUGAAUAUUUGUUAUGGAGCAGUUCUAGCAAGUAAAUAUCCACAUAUUAAAGCUUCAUUUGGCCAUCAAUACCAAUAUGAAAAUGGUUAUUGGAAACAUUCAAAAUGUUUAAAAAUCAUUUCAGAUAAUGGUUCUAGUUGUUUAUGGUGUAAGAGAUUGAAGUUUUCAAUAAGAAAAAAACUUAAUCAAAUUACUAAAAAAAAAACAAUAAAAGUUUAUUUUUCGCCACUAAAAAAGGCAGCUAUGCAAAAAUUAAAUAAAUCAAGAAGAAAAAUGAGGCAGAAAAUCAGUAGAGCAAAUAAAAAAAUCUCACAGUUGCAGUUAGAUAUAAAUGAAGCACAAAAUAAAAUAAAUGAAAUUUCAGAAAUUGACUUAUCAAAAUUAAUUGAAGAUUCUAAAAUUCCAAAAUGUCAAUCAUCUUUAUUGCAUGAAAUUUUUGCAGCAGCCAAGUAUAAAAAUGCUAAAAGUAGACGUUAUUCCGAAAGUUGGAUUAUUCUUUGUCUUCUAUUUCAGAUACGGUCUCCAUCAGGUUAUAAUUUUUUAAGAAGACAAAACUUGUUACCGUUACCUUGUGUUGAAACCAUCCGCAAACAUUUAUUGGCAGUUAAGCAUGAAUGUGGAUUUGACUUGGGGUUUUUUAAACUGUUAAAAAAAAAAUUUGAAGAAAAAUCCCAACAACAAAAGAAAGGUGUUCUACUUUUGGACGAAAUUUUCUUGAGAACAAGUCUUGAUGUGAAAACUCGAACACUAACAUAUAGUGGUUUGGAAGAUUUUGGAGGAGAUAUUGAAAGUAAAAUUGGAAGUUCAGAAUUAUCAGAUCAUGCCCUAGUAUUUAUGUUCCAGAGUUUAGCAGACAAUGUGACACAACCUAUAUCUGUCUUUGCCUCAAAAGGUCCAGUUAAAGGAGUAGAUUUGGCACAGUUAAUAAUAAAAGCGAUUAUUUUAUUGGAAGAUGCAGGUCUACAAGUAAUGGCACUCACUUGUGAUGGAGCCUCAACUAAUAAAACAAUGUUAAAACAAUUUGGAGUCAGUGGUAAACGCGCAGAUUUAAAAAAUUAUUUUUCCAACCCUUAUGAUGGGAAUAGAAAUGUGUAUGUUUUUUCUGAUGCACCUCAUAUCAUUAAAAAUAUCAGAAAUCGAUUGUUCCAAAAUAAACAAUUAAAGGCAAUUAUUACAAAAUAUUUAUUCAAUUCAACCAACUAUAUAUGAUAUAUCUAUAACCAUUGAUUUUGGAAUAGAUUAUCAAUGCAAAACUUAUUAAACAUGAAAUUUGAUGUUAAUUAUUUAAUUAUUUCUAGUUACAUCCGUCUAAUAGUUUUAUAAAAUGG